AUGAAGUCCUCGCAGCUCGUAACUCGUAGUGGUAAUAUUCAGCUGAAGAAAGCUCAUGGUUUCCAAACACAAGACAUCCUUCCAGCAGGCUACAAUAUGAAAACUGAUGUCACUACCUUUGCUCCUCCAUUACCCUCUAAUGCCUUGAAGUCUACGGCUUUUUGCAAUGGUGUCAAGGAUCUUUUCCAGAGCAGACACAUUGAUUACCUGCAUACUGCUUUGUUUGGCCAAAGAGGUACCAAGAUCUCGCAUCCUACAUUUGCUGCUCUGUCGUCCGCCAAUGCGCCAAUACUCGAUGCUAUCGCAAGGGAUACGCCUCAACCUGCUAGUGAACUCAUGAUGGUGGCUCGAGGAUUAUCACUGAAAAAGCUACUGGAGAUUCUUCUUCGCGUGCAUCUCGCUCCAAAACGAGAGUCGCAUUACUGGGAGCUUCAACAGACCAAAGCAAAGAAGCAAUCCAAGCAAGAUGUUAAGUCGGUCAGAAACUCAUUUCAUAACGCCAUCCGAUCAGAGAAGUACAAACUUCAAAGAUAUCAAAGAAAGGCACAGGGCAAACCAGAAGACAACAACUGGGCGAAGCUGGCCAGAAAUAGUCAAGAGCGCAUAACUCACAUGUACGUUGAUGCCAAGCAUCCUGUCAAGUCUGUUUCUACUUCUGGUACUACAUCUGAUCAAGCUACUGUAUCUGCUUCUGGCUCAGGUUCUUUUACUACAGGUGUAUCUAUUCCUACUGCUCCCUCUGGCACUUCUGACGCUGUUACUGCCUCCAAUGCUAGCUUUGAUCUUGAUAGUGCUGAUAUGCCUAUUGACGAACUGCUCCCUCUUUCUGAACUAAUAGAUGAAAAAGACGAACAAGAAGAAGAGGAAGGCACCCGUGAUCUGCUUAGAAGACGAAUUAUGAUUCUCAAAGCUACUCCGAGAAAUCUCUUGGCGAGGCAAGCUGGAAAGUCUAUUACCCAUACACAGCUGAAGAAGGAACGUCCCGAUAUCACGGAAGAAGAGAAUUGCCUACACUGGCUUCCAGCUGCCAUUCUGCCUGGCCUUACCUCUGUCCGUAUUUUGGGUACCAAACCAAGUUCUAACAAGUCAGCUUCCAAUGCGAAGAAACCUCUAGAUAUUGAUUGGGAUACCGUGAAUCCUGCCUGUGUGUCCGUUCUCAAUCACAGAGCCAUUCAAGGUAGAGACAAGACAUCCGCUUUGGCCAUCGCUGUCUCUGGGCUUCCCAUUCUCUUGUUCAAGCAGCCAUUGCCUGUAUUCAAUCCAAAACCCAGUCAAUCCAACACUGGCAUUAUUUCCAAGACCACCUCUUUCCGCAACAGAAACGAGAAAAGGGACGACAGCGGUGCUGCAUUAGCGGACGCUUGA